CGAAUAAUAACGAGACUCAGUCAGUGAGGCGUUGAAAUGGCGAUCACGCACAGGACGUUCGUACUGCUGACCUUUCCAAUCUCCUGCAUCUCCAUCGCCCUGCUGGCCACGGCGCUCGCCUCGCCGAACUGGAUCCAGGCCAGGGCGCUUUACGAAGAACCCACCUAUGACCUCUCCGACAUCAACUACGGUCUCUUCACCGGCACGCUCACGCGCCGCAUUUUGUUAACGCCUAAAAGUUUCAGCCUGCACAUGACAUGUUUGGUUGAUCUGAACAUCUGCGCUCUGAGCUGUUUGGGAACCGAAGAGGAACGGCAAGAGGAAGUCCGGUUACUCUAUGACACCCAGGGUGAUGUCAAUGCUACAGAAUGCGCCCCCGUUGUCUUAUCCCAAGGCCCAGAAUACAUAACAGACGGUCAAUUGAGAAAAGAUCAAUUCGAGAUCAAACCCCUGCCUCAAAACGAUAAGUUGGUCAGAUUUGAUCGGGACCCUGUUUUCAUUAACAUGGGCCUCUGGGCUUCAACGAUCGCCUUCAUCGCCCUGGCCCUUUUGAUGGCCACGGUCGGGGCCAUCUUCUCGGUGCUCAACACGGCGGGAAACCCCGUCGAGCCGAUCUUGGGAAUCAUGGGUCUGUUCAUUUGGAACGCGAUUGCAGCUGUGGCGAUUGAUAUUACUUUAAUACUGUGGGGCAUCCAGUAUGGCAUCACCUUGGUCACAAAUGUAGCCCUGACCGAAACAAUUAUUGGCUUAACGUCGACAAAUGGAUUGGCAGCACUCGGCUUUUCCUUCUGGAUACUGAUUGGAGCCGACGUGGCGCACGUCGUUAACAUAGGACUCCUGCUGUACCGCAGACACCUGAUCCGGACGGAACCGCCGGCGCCGACGGUGGAGCUCAAAGACGACUCGGACGGCGCCAUCUUUUUGUAUUAAUUUACAAGCAACGUGUGUUCAAAACAGAGGAAAGAUUGCUGUCGAGCGAGGUUGGAAAGAAAGGCCAAUAAAAAGCAGUUGUAAAGUUCCAAAAUUGAGUGAAAGUUAAUUAAAAUAAAUGCAAUAAUAAAUUAUUAUGUGACUCUAAAACAAUUAGGAAAAUUGUUUCUUUGCGUGAAAAAAAUUUAACUUUCAAGAGUGAAUAUUUUAAUGAAACUUUUUACACAUAUAAAACAUGGCAA